UUUCGGUGGUCACAGGUCCGCGCAGAGAGCUACGCGCAUAUUAUUCAUUCGCGCGAACGCAUUCGACUCGGUUCACCCGUUCGCGAGGCAUCGCGACCGCUUCAGUCUUUGCGUUGUCUGCAGUCUUCGACGAUCCUUCUUCGAAAUUUAUCCUCGAGUUCGAGUAGUUUCAUUUCAUUCUACAUUGUAAUUCAUAAUUAACUUUCAAUUAAUAUUAAUUUUUUAAUAAUUUUUAAUUCGUACUAUAUCGUAAUUGUUAUUAAUUUAUAUAGUUUCGUAUUCGAUCGUAUUAAUUCGUAUUUGAUCGUAUCCAUUCGUAUUUACUCGUGUUAAUUCGUACUUGAUUAUACACACGAUCGUGCUUACUCGUAUUGAUUCGUAUUUGAUCGUAUUUAUUCGUAUUAAUUCGUAAUUCAUUUAUAUUUUUGCCCUUAUUUAUUCCUAUAAAUUCUUAUUUUAUCGUAUUUUCUCGUACUUGAUCGACAGCUUGAUUAACCAAUAAGAAAAAAGAUUGAAAGAAGAGCAAAUUGGGAAGGCUGCAUUUGAAAUUUCGAGGACGCAUCCUUGGAUUCUUCGAUUUCCAAGCUCGAUUUUCACCUACUUCAAUCGGUUGGCGAACGAUUGGGAAGCAAAUCACGUGCUACUCACCGAUAUUGCGAUGAUUACCAGGCAUCAAUAUACCAGUUUAUUCCUUAUAGGGCUAUACUUUUUUUUAAAUAUACCCGACGACUAUCAUGUUCUUGGACAUGGACGACUUAUGGAUCCACCAGGACGUAACAGUAUGUGGCGAUUUGGAUUUCCGAAUCCAGUGAAUUACAACGAUAAUGAGUUAUUCUGCGGCGGGUAUGCAGUUCAAUGGGUUCAAAAUAAAGGAAAAUGUGGGGUCUGUGGAGACGCAUUUCAUUUGAGCGAGCCAAGACCACACGAGGCAGGUGGUGAAUAUGCGAAAGGAACUAUAGUCAGACAUUAUACGGUUGGCCAGGAAAUCGAUAUCGAGGUUGAGCUAACGGCUAAUCACAUGGGAGGAUUCGAGUUAUAUCUUUGUCCAAAUAAUAAUCCUAGGAGCGAAGCAACUCAACAAUGUUUCGAUAGAUAUCCUCUCUACGUUUCUGGUACACGAGACGUCCGUUUUGAAAUACCUUUGGAUACAGAAAAGAAAGCUAUAUUCCGUUACAGAGUUGUCUUACCGGCUUACAUAACUUGUACCCAAUGUGUCAUUCAAUGGAAUUAUUACACAGGUAAUAUGUGGGGUACCUGUGAUAAUGGUACAGAAGCAGUAGGAUGUGGUAGGCCAGAAACAUUUCGAAAUUGUGCGGACGUCAGUAUCGUGACAAGUACAGCAGGAGUUCCACCACCCUUUGUGCACGAUGAUAAUCCCUUCUUACUUUAUUACAGAGAUAUUACUUCACCGAACAAUAUAUUCCCACUAAUAGUAAGAUCACAAGUUUGUGUACCUACGUAUUUUUAUCGACUUAUACCUGGCAUGACUGAUUGGUGUCAGGCCAAUUGUCUUCGUUAUCCACCGAAUUGUCCAAAUAUGGUCUGUCAGUGUCCAGAAGUGUGCGAUGCGAUAGGUGAAAUCGAAGGUAAAGAAGGUGCAAGCGUUUAUUGUAUGGAUAAGUGUCUGGUAUAUCCAUCUGAUUGUCCAAGUCAUCGUUGUCGUUGUUAUUGACAAAAAAAAAAGAAAAAGAAAAGAAAAAAUAAAACAAAAAAAAAUAGAAAAGAAACUCAUCCAUCUUCAACAACAAUAUCUAUGCCGUUUAAUGAUCAAACAAUUUGAUAGGCAAAAGACAAACGGAUGCUAUUGCAAUACUCAAUUAAUUAACCAUUAGAUUAUCGAUGUCGUCUUUCAUAUCACGCCGUCCAUGUAUGCUUGUCCUCUUUUUUUUUUUUUGAUUACAAAGAGUGUUUCGUAUCGAUUGCAUGUUCAACAAAUGUUUCCUAUUAUAUGUAUAAAUGAUUAAUUAGAUUGUAAGUAAAAACUCACGGAAUCGCAGAAGAGAGGAAUUUAAAGGAUUUCAAAAAAUCAAAUAAUCUGCGAUGGUUCCUUCCAUUGUAUACGAGAAGAUAAUAAAAAAAUAUGACUGACA